AUGAACAAAUUUAAUAACACUUUAAAUAAUCAUGUCCUGAUGUCAGACCCAUUUGUUGACACUACCAGUUCUACUACUCACACUAUUAAUCAUAUUAAUAAGGACUUUGGCAUAAAAAACAUUUUAACGGAGCGGAAUAUAUUUGAUAAAUUUUUAAGUUGUUUUCGCCCAUUUAUUUAUCUUAUCCAAAAAGAGAAGUCCUUUCCCUCAUCAGAUCAAGACUUACCAUGGGAAGUCCCAUUUGAAUCAGUGACCGAUUUAGUAUGGAUCGGGUCUGGUGCACAAGGCGUGGUUUUUCGUGGUUGUUUUCGUGAUGAAUUGAUCGCUGUGAAAAAAGUUAAUAAACAGUCUGACACAGAUAUUCGUCAUUUACGUUAUUUAAACCAUCCGAACGUUAUUAAAUUCAAAGGAGUUUGUGUGGAACAACCGUGUUACUGUAUACUUAUGGAAUAUUGUCCAUAUGGUCAGUUGUAUGAAAUAAUACACUCAGGCAAUCCUAUAUCACCAUCUUUGAUUUGUUCAUGGGUUAAACAGAUCGCCGAUGGAAUGCAUUAUUUACAUUCAUGUAAAAUAAUUCACAGAGAUCUCAAAUCACCAAAUGUUUUAGUCGGUUAUAAUCACGUAUUAAAAAUAUCCGAUUUUGGUGCAUCUCGUGAAUGGACAGAGAAUUCUACUAAAAUGUCAUUUACUGGCACUGUAGCUUGGAUGGCACCUGAAGUAAUACGUAAUGAACCUUGUUCGUUUAAAGUUGAUGUAUGGUCUUAUGGUGUACUUUUAUGGGAGUUAUUAACCGGUGAAAUUCCAUAUCACAAUGUUGAUUCAACUGCGAUUCUAUGGGGUGUUGGCAGUGAAAAUCUUCGUUUGCCAGUUCCAGUGACAUGUCCUUCAGAAUUACGUGUACUUAUGAAAACAUGUUGGAAUAUCAAGCCAAGGAAUCGUCCUAGUUUUCGUCAAAUUCUAUCACAUCUAAAUGUAACCUGUUCACGUUUACUACAGUACACUGAUGAUGAAUUCAUUUCAUUGCGUCAACUAUGGAAAGAAGAAAUCACUGUUUACCUUCAAGAUAUUCGACUUGAAGGUCAGUGUACACCAAAACUUGAAGUGAUGUUAAUUCGUCGUCGACGUGAAGAAUUAUGUCAUGCACAAGAUAUUCGACGUUGUUAUGAUGAUAAACGUGAAAGAGCUAAUGAAUUAUAUAUGGAAUUGAAAAUAUUAUUAGCUGAAUGCGAAGAAGAAAAACGUAAAGCUGAACGAGAACGUUUACACUAUGAAUCGCUUAUUCAAGAGCUCAAUACUAAUCGAAAACAACAAAAUGAAUUCAAUCAACAAAAAUGUUCAACUGAAGAGAAAAAAUUUGUUGACAAUGAAAAAUUUCAAUAUUUCAAUGAUAUAGAAAAUACAAAUGAUUGUAUUACUACUCAUUCAAAUAAACAACAAUUUCCUUUUUCAACUUUAUCAACAUUUUCAUUAGGACGUAAAUUAAGUGAUUUCUAUUAUCGUCGACGUAAUGAUUUCAAAUUUACUAAAUCUAUUUUACAAUCAUCAUUAUUAUUACCAUUAUCUAUUGGGAAUAAUAAUACACAUUCAUCUAUUCAUACUACUGAUAUCAUUCAUAAAAGUAAUAUAAAUAGAUUGGAAUUAUUAAAAAAUCAUCAUUAUUAUUUUACAAUACCAAAUAGUUUAGAACAAUUUAAUGAGAUUUAUUAUUUAGGUUAUCUUAUAUAUAACAAUCUAUUUAAUAAUAAUACUACUAAUAAUAAUAUUAGUAGUAGUUGUAGUUCACGAAUUAAUAAAAAACAAAAAUGUCCAUUUUGUGGUAAUCUCUAUUCAUCAUUAAUAAAUAAUAUGGAAUUUUUAAAAUUCUACCAUCAUCAUCAUCGUAAUAAUCAUCAUCUACGUAGAGCAUUAACAUUAUCAAUGUUAGAAUAUAAAUUAAAAGAUCAACAAUUAACCGAUUCAUCUAUGAUUUAUAAUGAAUUAUACAAUACUACUAAUGAUAAUAAUAAUAAUAGUAAUAUACAACCAAGUUCACUUCUACAUAAUACUAAAAAACAAUUUGCCAGUACAAAUAGUUUGCAUCAACUUGUAAAUGUCCCUUCUCCUCCACCACCGCCAGCAUAUGACUCUGUAAUAACAACUGACAAUCAAGUCGUACGAGGAGGCCAUCAUCAAAAUGUACCAGAACAAACUAUGGUAAGGUCGAAUUUCACUCAUAUAAGUGAUAUUCACAACAAAAACAACAAUAACGGUAGUCAAACAUUCUGUAAUCAUCAUGAUCAUCGGACUGAUGUCACUUCUUCACCUUCAUCAGUAAAAUCUGUACAUCAUCAGUUAAAAGAUACUGUGAAAACUACCUGUAUUCGUACAACCGAUAUCACCACUACAUACACUACUACUACUACUACUACUUCUAAUUUGAAGGGCAACGAUAAUUCAACCAAUAAUUCCGACAAGAUUCAAUUCGAUGUAAUGUUAAAUCCAACCAUAAAUGAAAAUAAGAAAACAAUGACAAAUGAUAAUGAAAUGUUGUUUAAAACCGGUUUAUCAAAAACAACAAUUAAGAUUGACAAUGAAAAAUCCAAAGAAGAUAAAAUGACUGGAUGUCAUGUUAAUGUGAUAAAUUGGCUUAAUCCUGCAAACAAUUCAAUAAAUGUUCAUCAAUCAUCAAAUGUAAAUAAUUUAACAUCGAAAUAUUAUCCAACCAAUUAUCGAUUAAAACGUUCUAUUAGUCAAGAUUCUUUAUUAUGUUACUUGAAAAAAUUACAAUCAAUAAAAAAUAUCAAUGAAAAAUACACUAAUAUCAAUACUACUCAUAACGAUAAUAAUAAUACUACUACUACUGACAAAGAUAAUCAUACUACUGAUAAUGAUGAUCAUAAUAAUACUAUUAUUAAAUCAUUAAAAAAUCAAUUUCCUCUGAUCAAUAAAAAAUUCUCUUCAUGUAUAUCAAUAUUUUCAACAAUCAAUUAUUAUAAAUCAUCACCAUUAUCAUAUUUAACAAGUUUUAAAGAAUUCCCUAAUAAUCAUAUUUAUCAUCAAUUGAAAGUAAUGAAUGAACGGGAUUAUUUUAAAGCAAAUAUAAUUCAUAAAUCUUUUAUACAUUCUUAUCAACCUCAACAAAUAUCUUCAAAUGAUGAAAGUCAUAUAGACUCUACUCUUGAUAAAACGAUACAAGAUCAAAAUUUGAAAAUUCUAAGAGACAAUAAGGUAGAAGAUGGAGAUUUGAAAAUAAUCACUGCUGUUGGUUUUCCUUUCCUUGAACAUGUAAGCCCAUUAUGGUCACCAAGUAAAGAUUUAUCUCGGCAUAAACGUCAAAUGAUUAAAUCAAUGAAUAAUAAUAAUAAUAAUAAUAAUAAUAAUAAUAAUAAUAAUAAUAAGAGUGACUUUGGACUGUUAUCAUUACCGACGUCAGUUUCACCUAAAUACUCUGCAUCAAUUCCUACGAUACCGCGUCGUUCGAAUAGUAAUAAAAUCCAUGUUGACCAUAAUAAUGACAAUUCUGUCUUGAAUCAAACUACUCAUAUGUCAUCCGUUGUCACAACAACAUCAUCAUCAUAUUUACCUAUGCAUAAUAACAACAACAGUAGAGAAAACCUGGAAAAUGAAAAUAUCCAAUUAAGAAAGUAUCCUGGUCGACGAAAUUUUACCAUAAAUGAGUCAUAUUUAAAAAAUUCUAGUACAACAAUGCCAGAUCAAAUAUCUCGACCACUUCGUUCUCGUUACUAUCAUCAUCGUCAUCAUUCAAGACUCUAUUCUUUCUCUCAACCUAGAAGAAAUAGUAGUAGUUUGUUGGAUUUGAAUUCAAAUUAUCGAUCGACAUCUUUUUCUGCUUCAUCAUCACCACUCUCAUCGUCCAUUGGAACUCAUACACAUAUGAGCAUUGAGAAUUUAGCCAAUGAACUACAAUCACAUAUGAUUGAUAGUUUAAGUGAUAAAGAAUAUCAUGUUCGACGUGUAUGCAGUAGGUUAAGAAAACAACAGCAACAACAACAACAGUAUCAAAAACAACCUAUUCCUAUUCAAUUUACAACAGAUGAUAUUUCUGCUCCGAAUCCAGCCUCUUUAGCAUCUUCUCCAUUGCCACCACCUAUUACCAUCACUUCUCUGAAUGGAAGUUGUAGUAGAUUAAUAAUUUCUAAUGAUGAUAAUAAUAUAACGAAUGAAGAAAAUCCAUUAGUUGAACGAGUUCGUCCAAUAUUUCAUUGUUUACCUGAUCAAUCAUUUACAAUUGAGCAAAAUAAUUUAAAUUCACAAUUAUGUGGACCAAAUCCAAAAGUAUUUAUUACAUCUACAUGUACUACCAUAUCCAGUAUAACAGAGGCCGAGGCUGAUUUAAGCGAUGAUGAUGAUAAUGGCGAUGAUCAUGAUGGACCAGAAACAGAACUUAGUGAAAGUCACAAUGAUCAUAGCGUUUUACCAUUGAAUAAAGAAGAAAUAGAAACAAUGUCUGACAAUUUUUCAAAUUAAUCACUUGCACAAGAUAAAUACCAAUUAAUUAGAAUAACACUAAUCAUUAAUCCCGAUGGCAAGCAUAACAGUUCAAGCCCAGUUAUUACACAUAUACACAUUGUGUGUACCGUUUUUCAACUUUUAACAGUUUUUUUUCUAGGAACCCGUUUUUUGCCUUUUUAUUAUUUUCUCCUUUUUUUUCUCAACUAGAUAAAUCCGAUGUAAAUAGUUAUAUACUACUAUUAUUACUACUUAAUCAUAGUAAUCAUUAUUAUUAAUUAUUCUCUGUUAGAUACAUUCACAUUUACCUGCUUUCUUUUAUAUCUUCAUAGAAUCUUUUUCUAUAUGGAUGGAUGUUUUCCAUUUAUGUAGAGAAAGUCACCAGUGUAUUGAUUAUUAUUAUUAUUAUUAUUAUGAACUACGUUUAUUUUGUGUAUUAGGCGUCUCAAUUAUUACCCUCCCCCCUCCCCCUCCCCCUAUCUAAUUUUUAUUUUCUUACAUAAUUUCAUUUGUCUUUACUAAUAUUGUUUUUUUCUAUUUUUUUAUUUCCCUUGAUAUUAAUAUGGUCCCCUAUCCACAAAAAUAGGAUGAAAUCUGUAUAGGAAUAAUUAUAAUAAUAAUGAUAGUGGUAGAUGGUCCGUUUUGUCUCCCACCUCCCCCCUCAUCUACCUUCAAUCUCUUUUCUCAUUUAUCUUUAUAUACUCAUAAAUGGCGCACAGAACUUUUAAUAAUUAAUCAUUUUCCUCUCAUACUUUUUCAGUUACUGAUCUAUUUUUUUUCUUUUUUUUUUGUUUUUUUCUAAAAAAAAGAGAGAAAAAUGUAUUUCCUCAGUUUAAUCAAAAAAAAUUGAAAAUGAAUUGACCUUAUCUUUUCCUGUCAUUUAUUCAACUGAUAAAUAGAAUAUUAAACUAAGUUUAAA